UCGGACUUCUUCUUCUUCCGAUAUUACCAUUUUGCUUUUGUUGUACGAACUAACAAUGUCACCGGGCCUCAGGAACCUGCAACUAACCCCGGUCGCCGGCGGCAAGAAGUCGUCGUCAGCAGGUUCUUUAGAGGAUGCCCAUGACUUGGAGGAUGUGCGGCUCUUGGAUUCAUAUGACGAGGGGGAUGAUAGUUUGGUGAGAAUCGAAGAGGGUACUAGGAGAAUUCACGUCAGAGUCACGGGAAUGACCUGUGCAGCCUGCUCUAAUUCUGUAGAGGGAGCUUUGAGGAACCUUGAUGGGGUCUUCACUGCAUCCGUGGCUCUCUUGCAGAAUAUGGCUGAUGUCGUUUUUGAUCCCACUUUGGUUAAGGAUGAGGACAUAAAGAAUGCAAUUGAAGAUGCUGGAUUUGAGGCUGAGAUCCUAUCUGAACCUAGCACCGUUGGAACAAAGCCACAUGGAACCCUAGUUGGGCAAUUCACAAUAGGGGGCAUGACAUGCGCUGCCUGUGUAAACUCAGUUGAAGGUAUUUUGAGAGAUCUUCCUGGUGUCAAGAGGGCAGUAGUUGCCUUGGCUACUUCAUUGGGGGAAGUUGAGUAUGAUCCCACUGUAAUUAAUAAAGAUGACAUAGUCAAUGCAAUUGAAGAUGCUGGUUUUGAAGCCUCACUUGUGCAGAGUAAUCAGCAGGAUAAGAUCAUACUGGGGGUUGCCGGUGCAUUUAGUGAGAUUGAUGUACAUCUUUUGGAAGGCAUACUUUGGAGCUUGAAAGGAGUUAGACAAUUUCGCGUUGAGAUAGCAUUGGAAGAACUUGAAGUUCUAUUUGAUCCUGAAGUUGUCAGUUCAAGAUCAUUGGUUGAUGGAAUUGAAGGCGGAAGCAAUGGGAAGUUUAAACUACAUGUUAAAAACCCAUAUACCAGAAUGACUUCUAAAGAUGUUGAAGAGACCUCAAAAAUGUUUCAGCUUUUCACUUCCAGUUUAUUUCUCACUAUCCCUGUCUUUCUGAUUCGAGUAGUUUGUCCUCACAUUCCAUUGGUGGAUGCCUUCUUGCUCUGGAGAUGUGGACCCUUCUUAUUGGGUGAUUGGUUGAAGUGGGCUUUAGUAAGUAUUGUUCAGUUUGUUGUUGGCAAGCGAUUUUAUGUUGCAGCUGGAAGAGCUCUGCGCAAUGGUUCAACUAACAUGGAUGUUUUGGUUGCAUUGAGUACUUCUGCUAUUUACUUCUACUCUGUUUGUGCACUUCUCUAUGGUGCUAUGACUGGGUUUUGGUCUACAACAUACUUUGAAACAAGUGCCAUGCUGAUAACAUUUGUAUUAUUGGGAAAGUAUUUGGAAUGUCUUGCAAAGGGGAAGACAUCUGAUGCCAUCAAGAAACUAGUUGAACUUGCACCAGCUACAGCAAUAUUGGUAGACAAAGGUGGAAAGUGUAUUGGAGAAAGGGAAAUAGACUCUUUGUUAAUUCAGCCUGGUGACACAUUAAAAGUUCUUCCUGGUGCGAAGCUUCCAGCGGAUGGUGUUGUUGUAUGGGGAUCGAGUUAUGUAAAUGAGAGUAUGGUAACAGGGGAAGCUGCACUUGUUUUGAAGGAGGUCAAUUCAUCAGUUAUUGGAGGUACAAUAAAUUUACAUGGUGCCCUACACAUUCAAGCUACCAAAGUAGGAUCUGAGGCUGUCUUGAGCCAGAUAAUUAGUUUGGUAGAGGCAGCCCAGAUGGCCAAAGCUCCUAUUCAGAAGUUUGCGGAUUUUGUUGCAAGUAUAUUUGUUCCAACUGUUGUCGCUAUUGCAUUAUUGACAUUAUUGGGUUGGUAUAUUGCUGGAGUUGCUGGUGCCUACCCACAGGAGUGGCUACCAGAGAAUGGAAAUUACUUUGCUUUUGCUCUUAUGUUCUCAAUAGCAGUGGUGGUGAUUGCAUGCCCCUGUGCUCUUGGCUUGGCAACUCCAACUGCCGUUAUGGUUGCAACAGGGGUUGGAGCCAAUAAUGGUGUGUUGAUAAAAGGAGGUGAUGCUUUGGAGAGAGCUCAGAAAAUAAAUUAUGUCAUAUUUGAUAAAACUGGCACUCUGACCCAGGGCAAAGCCAAAGUUACAACUGUAAAAGUUUUCUCAGAAAUGGAUCGUGGAGAGUUCCUUAGAUUGAUAGCUUCUGCAGAGGCUAGCAGUGAACACCCAUUGGCAAAAGCAAUAGUGGAAUAUGCUCGCCACUUUCAUUUCUUCGAUGAGAAUUUUCUGUCCGAAGAUGCCCAAAACAACAGAGAAGAAUUCGUCCAGUCUGGAUGGCUUCUUGAUGUUGCAGGGUUUUCUGCCCUGCCAGGAAGAGGAGUCCAGUGCUUUAUAGAUGGAAAGCGGGUUUUGGUUGGUAACAGGAAUUUGUUGAGUGAUAGUGGGGUUAUGAUUCCAAACGAUGUGGAGAAUUUUGUUGUAGAAUUAGAAGAAAGUGCGAAGACAGGCAUUCUUGUAGCAUAUGAUGAUAAUUUGAUUGGUGUUUUGGGGGUUGCAGACCCUUUAAAGAGAGAAGCAGCUGUGGUUGUAGAGGGCUUGAUGAAAAUGGGAGUCAGACCUGUAAUGGUUACAGGUGAUAAUUGGAGGACAGCUCGGGCUGUUGCUAGAGAGGUGGGUAUUCAAGAUGUGAGGGCAGAGGUGAUGCCAGCAGGAAAAGCUGAUGUGGUUCAUUCAUUUCAGAAAGAUGGAAGCACUGUAGCUAUGGUGGGGGAUGGUAUCAAUGAUUCUCCUGCUUUAGCUGCUGCUGAUGUUGGUAUGGCAAUUGGGGCCGGGACUGAUAUUGCCAUAGAAGCUGCUGAUUAUGUUUUAAUGAGGAACAACUUAGAAGAUGUAAUCACAGCCAUCGAUCUCUCAAGGAAAACCUUUUCUCGAAUACGACUGAAUUACAUUUUUGCCAUGGCCUAUAAUGUGGUUGCAAUUCCUGUUGCUGCUGGAGUUUUCUUCCCUGCACUAAGGGUCGAGUUGCCACCAUGGGCAGCCGGUGCUUGUAUGGCUCUUUCUUCUGUAAGUGUUGUGUGUUCUUCUUUGCUUCUUAGGAGAUAUAGAAGACCCAGACUCACCACUAUACUAGAAAUAACUACAGAGUAGGAAGAAGAGAAAUGAAACAAAUCACUUCAACUUCAUGUUUCAUAGGAAGGAAAUUGAAGGGUGUAACUGUAAGCAUAUCUUGAACAUUCCAACUUUUGUGUAUUUCUUUAUUUUACUUCCUUUUGACACAACCGUUUGGGAUGAAAAUGUUCCCCACCCCCAUCAAGUGUAAAUGCUACUUCUUGUAUGAUAUAAAGUUGCUGCUUUCUC